UGUACGAUAUCGUAAAAGUUCAAACUUCAAAGUUUGCAUUUUUCAGUUCCCGUGUUAACUGAACCGGAGCUCGGUUUCGCGUAUAAUAGAUAACGAAGCUCAGCAAUAUUCUUAUUUGGACUAUAUAACGCGUUAUCGCUAGACUGGGUGUUCAGUCUGUUUCACGCAUUCAUCGGUUGCACAUCGCGAAUAAUCACUGCCAGCGAAAAUGUCAGCAUUUUUCGGGAAACGUUACAAGCUGCAAGAUAGCCAGAACUUUGAUGAAUACAUGAAAACGUUAGGCGUGGGCCUGAUGAUGCGUAAAAUGGGUAGCAGCGUGAGCCCCGUGGUUGAAUUAACGGAGAACAAUGACGUCUACACUUUGAAGACGACCAGUCCGUUCAAAAACUCCGAAAUAAAAUUCAAGCUCGGCGAGGAAUUCGAUAGCGUCUGCACUUUAGAAGGGAACAAGCUCAUGCAGGUGCAAAAGGGCGAGAAGCAGACCACAAUCGAGAGGGAAUUCACGCCAACGGAAAUGAAAGCAAUUAUGAAAGUCGACGAUAUUGUAUGCACCAGAGUAUACAAGAUCCAAGAAUAAGAGUACUCCUACCGAAGUGUGGUGUUUCUCAGAUCAACGACGAAUUAACAACGUUAAAAGUUAUUGUUGCAAUUCAAAGAAUAAUACAUUGUUUUUUUAUAAAUGUAAAAGACACAGAAGGUGUACAUGAAAACGUAUAAAUGCAUGUAUAUAUUAUUUCAAAGUGGAACUAUACGCACACAGUGUUUCGAAUACGUAUAUCCGUAUAUACGUUAAACAUAAUUAUAUAACGGUUCGAUAGAUUUGACAGUUUAUAUAUGUUUUGUACGCUUAUUUGAAAUAAUUCAAUUGUUUGCUUUCGCACAAAUGGAAUCUUUAUAAAUAAAAAAAUUGGAGUAACUACCA